AUGACCCGGAAUCUGAAAACAGAAGCUGGGCUCCAGAUUCAGCAGUUCUCACACUCGCUGCAACAAUCAGUACAACCUACAGAGGAGGCCCCUGACAGAGGAAUUACGGGAGAUAGCAAGAAGCUCUUUGUCCACGUGAAAGAAGUUCAGGAUGGUAUUGAGCUGCAGGCAGGAGAUGAGGUGGAAUUCUCAGUGAUUCUUAAUCAGCGCACUGGGAAGUGCAGCGCCUGUGAUGUUGGACGGGUUUGUGAGGGCCCCAAGGCUGUUGUAGCUCCUCGACCUGAUCGCUUGGUCAAUCGUUUGAAGAACAUCACCGCUGAUGAUGCCAGUGCUCCUCGCCUAAUGGUUCUUCAUCAGCCAAAGGGACCAGAUAACUCAACGGGAUUUGGCGCAGAAAGAACGAUCCGUCAAGCUGGUGUCAUUGACUAACCACAUCCACAAAGCACAUCAUUAAUCCACUAUGAUCAAGUUGGGGGGAUUCUGGUGAAAGGUUUUGAGUAUCUCCCUCUUUAUCCCUCCCAAAAUCUGGAAUACUUAUUCUAUUGAGCUGUUAUACCAGUUUUAACACCUUCCUCGUGUUAUGU